AUGUUCAAACGACCGGCUUGUCUACAAGGCCGUCAGCGCAAUGGCGCUGGUGACGACUGGUCUACAUUUCCCGUUCGGCAAUUGUUUGUUUUAGCUCUCGUCCGCAUUUGCGAGCCUAUCGCUUUCAUGUCGAUUUUCCCAUACGUGUAUCACAUGGUGGAAUCAUUCCACGUCACGGAUAAUGACCAAAAGAUCGCGCUUUAUGCCGGCAUGAUCACCUCGUCUUUCACCUUCGCCGAAUUCUCAGCGGGUAUGUUUUGGGGUCGCAUGAGUGAUCGAAUUGGCCGCAAGCCCGUGCUCAUCAUGGGCUUGAUUGGAACAGCCAUGAGCAUGGUCGCCUUCGGAUUUGCGCCCAACCUAGCCACAGCCAUGAUCGCGCGCGCCUUGGGCGGCUUGUUAAAUGGAAAUAUCGGAGUUCUCCAGACCACUGUGGCGGAGAUCGUGACGGUCAAGGAGCACCAACCACGAGCAUACUCGAUCAUGCCCUUCGUGUGGUGCCUAGGAUCGAUCAUUGGACCGGCUAUGGGCGGUGCUUUAGCCCAACCGUGCGAGAACUACCCGUGGCUUUUCCAGCGUAACACGUUCUUCGACCGCUUCCCGUUCCUGCUGCCCAACUUGGUGUGCAUCGUGGUGCUCUUGUGCGGCAUUGUGGUCGGAACCCUGUUUCUGGAGGAAACGCAUCCCGAGAAGAAGCAUCGCCGUGACCCCGGCCGGGAAUUGGGCCACUGGCUCAUUAGCCUCUGCUGGGGUUCGCGCGUGCAACUUCCGGACGAGUCUGACGUGGAUGAGAAGUACUUCUACGGCGAUAUGCCACCCGAGUACGAAAGUGCCGAAUCAUCGCCUUGCCUGAGACCCGUGGGUGACGUCGUCUCAACGGAGUGCGACUUGGAGGGACAGAAAUCCCCCGCGCCCAAAGCUUUCACUCGCCAGGUCAUUCUGACCAUUGUUGCUUACGGCAUUUUGGCCUAUCAUAGCGUAUCUUUUGAUCAGCUGAUGCCUGUCUUCUUGAGUACUCCCAAGUCUGACGACAACGUCGUCCUUCCACUCACGUUCACUGGAGGUCUCGGUCUCCCAACCAAGACCAUUGGCUUCAUGUUGGCCGUCCAGGGUGUCUAUUCCAUGAUUGCUCAGCUAUGGCUAUUCCCAUUUGUCGUCAAGCAUUUCGGUACCCUACGCACGUUCCGCUUCGUGCUGCUCGCCUGGCCUCCGCUCUACCUGGCGGUGCCCUAUCUUAUUCUCCUUCCGGCUAAACUCCAGAUGCCAGCUGUAUACGUUGCUCUGAUAAGCAAAAUCACUUUCCACGUUAUCGCCUUCCCCGCUACCGCCAUCUUGCUCGCUAACGCUGCCCCCUCAUCCAAGGUCCUUGGGGCUAUUAACGGCGCUGCCGCAUCUACCGCUAGUCUCAGCCGUGCCUUUGGCCCCACUGUUACGGGCCUGCUUCACUCCAAAGGUUUGGAGAGCGGUCACUCCGUUCUUGCGUGGUGGGCCUGCGGUCUAGUCUGCGUCAUCGGUGCCAUCCAGAGUUUCUGGAUGGAGGAACCCUCCGAGCCCGAGCGAUUUAAGAGUGAAGUCAAUGAGGCGGAGAUGAAGCGUGAAGUCAUGUCAGAUGACUACGCUGCCCAAGAGUCUGACAUUGAAGAGGAGGAGCAGCGACUCCUCUCCUUGCGGUCUAGCAUUGAUCAUGAGUAUGCCAUUACCAACCUGGACCUGAAUGCCACUCGCGACUUUGUCCAAUCCCAACACGACAGCAACACACCGAAUUCCUGCAUAUGA